AUGCGCUCAAUAUUUUUAUUUUCUUUUUCUCAUCGAGCAUUUGGAAAGCUUGCAUUUCUCACUCUAAGAGAUGAUUUUGGGACAAUUCAGCUUUAUAGUGAAAAGGUGAGAUUUUUAAGUGAUCAGUUUGACGAGCUUAAGAAUCUUGUUGAUAUUGGUGACAUACUUGGUGCAAAUGGCUCAAUUAAGCGAACUGAGAAAGGGGAGAUUUCUGUCUAUGUGAACUCUUUUGCAAUUCUUACAAAAUCUCUACUGCCCUUGCCAGACAAAUAUCAUGGUCUAACUCAUGUGGAUAAGCGUUACCAGCAACGGUACAUUGAUAUGAUUUCCAAUCCUGAAGUAGCUGAUGUAUUUCGGAAGAGAGCAAAGAGUUAUGCAAGACAGUCUUUUGGAUUUCUCGAAGUUGAAACUCCAGUUCUACAGGGAGCAGCUGGUGGAGCAGAAGCAAGACCAUUUGUUACCUACCAUAAUUUGCUAGGAAGGGAUCUUUAUUUGAGGAUAGCAACAGAGCUCCACUUGAAGAGGAUGCUGCUUGGUGGAGGUUAUCUAUUUGGGUUGCCUUUGGGGUUCGUUGCUGAUUCUAUUGGUGCAACAAUUGGUGCUACAGCUGCAUUUAUUCUUGGUAGAACACAAACAUCUGUUGCUGCUUCCAAUAAUGAUGGUUCGACAACAGUUGAUCAGGUGGAGGUGCUACAAAAAGUAUUGGGCCAAAGGCGUGGACACGAGCAAGGAGUGGACUGCAAAUUGAAGGGGUUGGGGUCAUCAUCUACCCAACGCACUCACUUCAACAAGUCUCAAGCUCCUCCUCAACGUUCAUAA